AAUUAUUUCUUGGGGUGGAACGUGGAAAGAAUCAGUAGAACAGAUCAAAUUUUUAUGACACUUAUGAAAUUACGUCAUAAUUUUGAUUUCACGGAUUUAGGAGUUAGAUUUGGGUGUAGUCGUACAACUGUUACAAAUAUAGUAUUGACUUGGAUUCACGCAUUUCAUACUAUAAUAUUUAAGACUUUCAUGAAUUCUGUUCCAAGUCAACAAAAGAAUAAAGCAUGUUUACCCAGUGUAUUUAAUAAUUUUGUGAACUGUCGUAUGAUUUUGGACUGUACAGAAAUAUAUACAGCAAUACCAAGUAAAAUGGAAUUACAAAAACUCACCUAUAGCAAUUAUAAACACCGAAAUACAUCAAAAGGUCUAGUAGGAAUUGCACCAAACGGAGUUUUGACUUUUUGUAGUUUGCUAUACCCUGGAUCAACAUCUGAUAAAGAAAUAGUUAAACAUUCUGGAGUUAUAGAUGUGUUUAAUAGUGGUGAUCUUAUAUUAGCUGAUAAAGGGUUUCUUAUAAAUGACUUAUUGCCUGAAGGAGUAUCAUUAAAUAUACCUCCAUUUUUGGGUGCACCUCAAUUUACACAAAAUCAAGUGAUGAAAACAUUGACUAUAGCCAGAGCUAGAGUUAAUGUUGAACGUGCUAUAAAUCGUAUAAAGGGAUAUUCUAUCUUAGAAUUUAUAACUCCAAAAUUAGUUCCAUAUGCAUCAAUAAUAUUUCAAGUAUGUGGAGCUUUAUCAAAUUUCCAAUAUCCACUCAUUAAAGAAGUAGAAAUGUUUUAUUUACAACCAAUAGAAGAUUAA